AUGGGUGGAGGUCCAGCAGGUCCAGCCGGUACCGGUAAAACUGAAACAACCAAAGAUUUAGGCCGCGCCCUGGGUAUAAUGGUAUACGUCUUCAACUGUUCAGAACAAAUGGACUAUAAAUCUUGUGGUAACAUCUACAAAGGCCUCGCACAGACUGGAGCUUGGGGAUGCUUUGAUGAAUUUAAUAGAAUAUCGGUGGAAGUACUAUCAGUGGUAGCAGUUCAAGUGAAAUCAGUAUUGGACGCAAUUAAAAACAAAAAAGUAACUUUUGAUUUUAUGGGCGACAUGAUAAACCUGGUACCUACAGUAGGGAUUUUUAUUACUAUGAACCCCGGUUAUGCUGGCAGGACUGAACUACCAGAAAAUUUGAAAGCACUUUUCAGACCUUGCGCUAUGGUGGUCCCAGACUUCGAAUUAAUUUGCGAAAUUAUGUUAGUCGCCGAAGGAUUUCAGGAUGCUAGAGUUUUAGCCAGGAAAUUUAUUACUCUAUACACAUUGUGUAAAGAAUUAUUAUCGAAACAAGAUCAUUAUGAUUGGGGUUUGAGAGCUAUCAAGUCUGUUUUAGUGGUUGCUGGAUCGUUGAAGGCAAGGACCAAUUUAAGGGGUGAUCCAGGAAGACCCGAAGAAGAAGUGUUGAUGCGAGCACUUCGAGAUUUUAAUAUACCGAAAAUUGUCACUGACGAUACUCCAGUUUUUAUGGGACUAAUUGGUGAUCUCUUUCCUGCACUAGAAGUUCCAAGAAAAAGAGAUGCUGAGUUUGAAAGAACUGUUAAACAAGCCACCAUUGAUUUAUUGCUACAGCCAGAGGAUAAUUUUAUUUUAAAAGUAGUACAAUUAGAAGAACUACUCGAAGUACGUCACUCUGUAUUUAUAGUAGGAAAUGCAGGCACCGGCAAAACUCAAGUUUGGAAAACCUUAUUCCGGACUUAUGCCAACAUAAAACGUAAACCAAUUUUCAAUGACCUCAAUCCCAAAGCGGUCACCAACGACGAACUUUUUGGCAUUAUAAAUCCCGCCACUAGAGAAUGGAAAGAUGGUCUUUUAUCUGUUCUGAUGAGAGACCAAGCUAAUAUUAGCGGCGACAGUCCGAAAUGGAUUAUUUUGGAUGGCGACAUUGAUCCCAUGUGGAUAGAAUCUUUGAAUACUGUUAUGGAUGAUAAUAAAGUGUUAACUUUGGCUAGUAAUGAAAGAAUAGCUUUGACUCCGACUAUGAGGUUGAUAUUUGAAAUCUCGAAUUUAAGGACUGCCACUCCGGCUACAGUUUCCAGAGCUGGGAUUCUUUAUAUCAAUCCCCAGGACUUAGGAUGGAACCCGUAA